AGACACAUGGUUUUUGCGUCUACAAAACAAAUUCGCUAACAAAUAUCAAAAUGGACGACGCAUUGAUAGAAGCUGUGUACAAAAGGGAGCCCCUGUGGAAUCCGGACAGCGACCUUCACAAAAAUGCGAUGGUUUUGAAGAAAUUGUGGGAGGAAGUCGCUUACGAAUUGCAAAGAGACGUCAAGACGAUAAAAUCAAGGUGGAAGAAUAUGCGAGCAUAUUUCUUCAAGGAACACAAGAAAAUUUCAGAAAAGCCUUCAAAUGUCGAUGGUACAGAUAAUGCCUGCACAUCCUGGCAAUAUUAUGAGCCGUUAUUGUUUUUAAAACGUUCACUAAACACAGAAGACGAAUCAAACUUCAGCGUAGAUAACGUAGAUACGAAGAAAAUGCUUUAUAUGAACAAAAUUCCCUUGGUGCGUAAGUUAAGACUUAGAUCUAAGAUUCAAGAUCUAAUUUUAGCUGAACUCGAAGCUGUUGAAAAUAAUACCUAA